AUGGAGCCCGUAAUUGUUGAUGAUGGGUCGGCUAUGGAGCCUACAUCGGCAAUACCGAUAAGCCACAUGACGCAACAAUCUCAUGUUCGCGCUCCUGGAGAUGAUUGGACCGGGAUAACCAAUUCUACUGAACGACGAAGACUGCAGAAUCGCCUGAAUUCAAGAGCUUGGCGUAGGCGCCAAACUGAUAUCAAAAAGCUUGCCGCGAAGAACGAGUCAAGCUUGCCGGUUGAGAGACAGCAUCUUGCCAACUCAAAGCAGAAGGUUCACCUGUCCAAGGAUGAUCAGAUAAUUGAAAAAUUACGGGGUACUCUGCAAGGGAGUCGUCGAACUGGUACCUUGUGUGCCCUCGGGGCGCGCGAAGCAAAUGCAUUGAUGGAGUCAAUCGAGGCGGUGGCGCAAGGACACGCCAGCUUGGGCUCACCCAGAGUUGAUCUUCUCUUGACACUCACCCGACUCAAUGUUUUUCGCGCCCUAGAUAUAAAUGCUUCCGCCCUAGGGUUCCCCUCAGCGAGCUGGCUCUGCUCAGAUGCCGUUUCGGUAAUCAGCAUGAAGGACGGCAAAUGGCAACCGCCGAUGGGAUGUCCGCCUUGUCUACGUCCAACUUGUCUACAACAACAGAUACCCCAUCAUCCAUGGUUAGAUCUGCUACCUUUCCCGACUGUUCGCGAUAAUGUCCUUCUUUUGGGAGAAGACUACGAUGAUACAGCGUUUUGCCUGGAUAUCGUAGAGAUCUGUGCCGUGUCGGCAGACGGUGGCGGAACAGGACUCAUCGUCUGGGGCGAGCCUUCUGAUCCAAGCAGUUGGGAGGCAAGUGCAGACUUGCUGAAGAAAUGGGAUGAAUUGUUUCGUGGAAGCCAUGAGCUCAUAGCUGCUAGUAAUCACUGGCGAACCAUGCGUGGCGAGGAUCACUUACCACUUGAUUUCUAA